UCACGUCCCGCCGAACCGCAAGGUCCAAGUGCGCCAAACACGCUACCUCGGGGCCGCAAGCCCAAUGUCCCCUCAUACGGCUUUGCGGCUAGCUGCGCGCCCUCUACGAGGAGUACGAGGAGCAACAAUUCUCGAUCGGUUGGACAUAUUGCUAUCGAAAGGGCCAGCAAAUACCUUAAUUACUUUGACGAGACGGACGAGUACGAGUCACCUACCGAUAUGCAUCCGCUGUAGCAUCAUUCUGCGCCGGCCCGAGGGUCGCGCCCGUCUGUUUUCCACCGCUCCUAGGCCGCCCAAAGAACCCAGCAGCACCCUCGGCAGCAGCCCUGAGACAGCAACCACACCAGACGACACCGCUUCCGCAUCAGCAUCACCCGUAUCGCCAACCCCGCAAGAGCCCGAGCCCUCUACUUCCCCCUCCUCCUCCUCCUCCUCAACAUCCUCAGAAUCAUCCCCGCCUCCCUCUCCAGAAAAGAACAAUUCUUCCACAGACCGCUCCCUGCCCUCCUUCACCGAGAACCACCGGCACCCCUGGUCAGCACGCUUCAGCACCUUCAUGGACAACCUCCAAUCGCGGGCGCUUACAGCAACGCAAACCAUCAACGACCUGACGGGCUACUCAGCGAUCGAGGCCAUCAAGCGGCGGAAUGGUGAGCUCGAAGUCGAACUGGCAGCCGCACAGCAGCGGCUGCGCUCUGCGCGGCACAACUACAAGUCUCUCACGUCCCACCGCGCCGCCACGCAGCGCGAGGUGACGACACUGCUUGCGCGCAAGGAUACGUGGACUCCCGCCGACCUGGAGCGCUUUACGACGCUGUACCGGAUGGACCACGAGCUGGAGGCACAGGUGGCGGGCGCCGCGGCGGAGCUGACCGAGGCCGAGACGGACGAGGCGCGCCUCAGCAACGAGCUCAACGCGGGGAUACUCAAGCGGUACCACGAGGAGCAGAUCUGGAGCGACCGCAUCCGCCGCCAGUCGACAUGGGGCACCUGGGGCCUGAUGGGCGUCAACGUGGUGCUGUUCCUGGUGCUGCAGUUUGUGGCCGAGCCGUGGAAGCGGAAGCGGCUUGUGCGGGGCAUCGCCGAGAGCGAGCAGGGGUUCUUGGACGAGGUGAGGAGGGAGCUGGCAGAGGUCAAGGCCGUGCUGGAGGCGAGCGGGCUGAAACAGCAAUUGGCGAAUGAUGCAGCGGCGGAGAAGCAGAGAGGGGAGGAGGAGAGGACUGGGGUAGCGGACGCGGACAUUUCCAUCGCCGCGACACCGGCGGAGCUUGAAGUUAUUGCGUCCGAGGAGCAAGGGCCUAGGAAGUCAUGGAGGGAGUACUGGUCUGAUCCUGCCUUGGUUACUGCCGCACUCCGGGAUCUGUACAGCGAUCGGAGGGCAGAUCUGCGUAUGCGGGAUGUCUCCGUCAUUGCGCUCGAGAGCGCCGUAGCAAGCGCUACCGUUGUUGCAACGAUCGCUUUCGCCGUGCUACGAAACAGCAGGUCAUGACCUCUCUCAUCCACCCGGCAUAUUGUGCUACAACUCGCUUGUAGACCUAGUGUAUAUUAUUGUAGAGGGAAUAGACCUGUUUAUAAUGUUC